GCCUCUGCCGCGUUGAAUUGUGGGAUUAAAUCCUAUAACAACAAACCGCUACCCGUUACCUCGCGUUGAUAACUUUUUUUUUUCAGACAUUUAGGAGUAUUUUCUUAAGCCACCUCUCUGGAGAAACAGAAAUGGAACAUGUGCAUCUGGCUGUAGAGGAGGAUGACCUAUACUCGGGUUACAACGACUAUAAUCCGACGUUUGACUCGGAGGAGCUGGAGAAUGAUGUGGGCUUCCAGGAAGCAGUGAGGACAAGUCAUGGAAGAAGACCCCCGAUGACUGCCAAGUUUCCUGGCACUGCGAUUGGAGCUCGGCCUCUAGCAACUUCCUUUGGAUCUCGGAUUCCUAUGGCCUCUUCAAUGGGACGACCCAUAACUGGCGCCGUGCAGGACGGGGCAGCCCGACCAAUGACUGCUGUGAGAGCAGCAGGUUACACCUCCUCCCUGGGUCGUGGCUCAACCUUUGACCCUCUGGGCCAGUCCAGAGGUCCUGCACCUCCACUUGAAGCAAAGAAUGAGGAUACGCCUGAGGAGAAGAUCAAGAUCCUGGAGAAGCAAGUGAAUGACCUGAUAGAGGAGAGUUGCAUGGCACAGAGCACAGGAGCCUUACAACUGGCCCUUGAAAAAGCCAAAGAGGCAGGGAGGAAGGAGAGAGCACUGGUCAGACAGAGGGAACAGUCUGGCAGUACGGACCACAUCAAUUUUGACCUCACCUACUCUGUUUUGCUCAACCUUGCCAACCAGUAUGAAAACAAUGAAAUGUACCCAGAGGCCCUGAACAGCUACCAGGUCAUUGUGAAGAAUAAAAUGUUCAGUAAUGCAGGCCGUCUGAAGGUCAACAUGGGCAACAUUUACUUUAAACAGAAGAACUACCCUAAAGCCAUCAAGUUCUACCGAAUGGCACUGGAUCAGAUCUCCAAUGCCCACAAGGAAAUGAGGAUCAAGAUCAUGGAGAAUAUCGGUGUGACGUUUAUCAGCAUGGGCCAGUACACAGAUGCCAUUACGUCUUUCGAGCACAUCAUGAGUGAGAGUCCAAAUAUCAAGACGGGCUACAACCUUACGCUGUGCUACUAUGCUGUCGGUGACAAGGAGAGGAUGAAGAAGGCCUUUCAGAAGCUAAUCUCUGUUCCUCUUGGCUUUGAUGAUGAGGACAAAUACAUCUCAUCCACUGAUGACACUCACUCCAAAAUGGUCAUUGAGGCCAUUAAGAAUGACAAGCUUCACCAGAUGGAGAAAGAUCGAAAAGCCCUGGCUGAGAAGUACAUCAUGACAGCAGCCAAGCUUAUUGCUCCGGCAAUUGAGACUUCAUUUGCUGCUGGAUUUGACUGGUGUGUUGACAUGUUGAAGAGUUCUCAGUAUGUUGAGCUUGCCAACGAUUUAGAGAUUAGCAAAGCCAUGACCCACCUCAGACUGAAGGACUUUAACCAGGUUGAGGCAGUAGAAACACUGAAGACAUUUGAGAAGAAGGACAGCAGAGUGAAGAGCACUGCAGCCACUAACCUCUCUUGCAUCUAUUUUCUGGAGAAGGACUACGACCAGGCUGAACGAUAUGCUGACCUUGCUAUGAAUGCAGAUCGUUACAACCCGGGGGCGCUUGUCAACAAGGGCAACACAGCCUUUGUCAAACAGGACUAUGAAAAGGCUGCAGAGUUCUACAAAGAAGCACUUAAGAAUGAUUCCUCAUGUACCGAGGCCCUUUACAACCUUGGCCUGACCUAUAAAAGAAUGAAUCAUCUGGAGGAGGCGCUGGACUGCUUCCUGAAGCUCCAUGCCAUUCUAAGGAACAGCGCCCAAGUUAUGUACCAACUGGCCAGCCUCUACGAGCUUCUGGAAAAUCCUGAGCAGGCAAUCGAGUGGCUGAUGCAGGUCGUGAGUGUAGUUCCCACAGACGCCAAGGCCCUGGCAAAACUGGGAGAACUGCAUGAUGGGGUGGGGGACAAAUCCCAGGCUUUCCAGUACUACUAUGAGUCAUUUAGGUAUUUUCCCUCCAAUAUCGAUGUGAUCGAGUGGCUCGGAGCUUACUACAUCGAGACACAGUUCGGUGAGAAAGCCGUUCAGUACUUUGAAAGAGCCGCGCUAAUACAACCAACCCAGGUGAAGUGGCAGCUAAUGGUGGCAAGCUGCUACAGACGAAGUGGAAACUACCAGAAAGCGCUGGACACCUAUAAAGACGUCCACCGAAAGUUUCCAGAAAAUGUGGAAUGCCUACGUUUCUUGGUGCGGCUGUGCACAGAUAUGGGAUUAAAGGAAGUCCAGGACUACGCCACGAAGCUGAAGAAGGUGGAGAAGAUGAAGGAAAUCAAAGAACAGAGGAUCAAAUCGGGACGGGAGGGCAGCGCGAGAAGUCGAAGGGAAGGCAGAGAGAGCAGUGCAGGGAGCGCUGCAGGCGUCUCCACACCUGUCCUCACCCCUCCUAAGAAGUCCAGCAUUAUGGAUGAGGUCAAAGCAGCGUCACAGUCUGAGUCUAAACAGUUGAGUCCGCUGUUGGACUCGGGGAGAGACAGUGGUCGCAGCAGCAGCAGCACUAAAGGAGAGCGUCUGAGCGCCAAAAUGAGGUCACUUCCUGGUUCAAAUGAGCCUUAUGAGGCCAGCAGUCCAAAAGAACUGGAUGCAUCCUACGUGGACCCACUGGGGCCUCAGGUGGAGAGACCAAAGACUGGAGCCAAGAAGCGCGUGGAGGAUGACGACUUUGCAGAUGAAGAGCUGGGAGACGACCUGCUGCCAGAGUAGCUGCGUUAGCACAACAUUAACUCUUUGUUUCAUUUGAGUCAAGAGCCCAAAGCUUCACCACAGAAUGUUUCAAACUCUUCUUCAGCACGUUUACGUUUCUUGGUUAAUCCACGAUGUUCAGAUGCCCACGUGUGAACGGCAGGAGGACCAAAGUUUGAUUCAUCCAUUCCAGUUUCUGUUUUCAAUUUUGUAAUCAUACCAUAAAUGUUUAUUAUUAUUUGUUCCUGUUUGUGCUAUUUAUUAUAUCAUUAAAAGAGAAAUCAUUUUAUCAAAAAGGAA